AUGGAGGGAAGAAGGAAGUUGUUAAGGUUCAAUUUGCAUAGGGUGCUAUGUGUGGUUCUGAUGAUCUACCUCCUCAGCGGUGAAAGUUUGGCCAUUAACUUUGAAGGGUUGGCUCUAUUGGAGUUCCGAUCGAGAGUGGAGGCUGAUCCUUUUGGCGCCUUGGAGAAUUGGAAUCCUAGCGACAGGAACCCCUGCAAUUGGAACGGUGUUAAUUGUGUUGAUGGCAAAGUUUUCAACUUUGUCCUUAACAGGAACAGAUUUUCUGGAGUUAUCCCAAAGGAAAUUGGAGGGCUAACUAAGUUGGAGCUCUUGGACUUGAGAAACAAUAAGCUAACUGGUACAAUACCCAAGGAGAUUGUAGAAAUGCACUCUCUAAAACAUCUUUUGCUUUGCCACAACAAAUUCCAAAGCAGAACAUCUGCUGAAAAGUCUAACAAGCACGCCGAUCAAAUACAAGAUUGGAAUCAUUCAUGUGAUGCAGCUGAUGAUCUACAACCUCUAAACAGAAAAGUUGGGCAUCGUUUCUGGGAGACAAGCUGGGAGAAACUGAAGAAAAUUAAUUCCUUUCUAGUCAUGCUUGAAGGAAGAAUCAUACAAAUCUUUAGCACAACUCGUUUUUACAUUCUAAACAACAGAAGAAAUUUCCUUCCAUGCUUCAAAUGUGAACAUAUUUUUAAUGAUCAUCAACAAAGGGAUGGCAAUCAAAAUGCUGAUUUUUGCAAGACAUACAUAAUGAUGAAUACACAGAUACAUUAUGUUCCCCGACGUAAGUUAGCUGAAGCAACUAAGAAUCUCUAUGCUAAUCCUGUAAAUGGUGGCCCUAUAAAUCAAAUCGUCAGCGUUUUAACUACUACAAGUGGUUCAUUUCCUGCAUUGAUAUCAAAAUCUAGACUUAAUCCCUCUGAAGCUCCUAUACCUCUUCCAAAUCCACAAUCAGUUUCUCCAACUGCUGAACCAACAAAACCUGCGGGAAAUGAAAUUCCAUCAAGUGAAAGUAUAUCAACAUGGACAUAUAUUCUUAUUAUUUCAGCAGCCGCUUUACUACUUACCUUGGCAGCAUGCAUCGUUCUAGUUUGCCGCAGAAAGGAUGGAGCUAAUAUAGGUCCAUGGAAAACAGGAUUGAGUGGUCAACUACAAAAAGCACUUGUAACUGGGGUACCAAAAUUAAAACGCUUGGAGCUUGAAGCUGCCUGUGAGGAAUUCAGCAAUAUUGUUCUAAGUUAUCCAGCCUUUACUGUAUACAAAGGAAUAUUAUCAAGUGGUGUAGAGAUAGCAGUUGUGUCAACAACUAUCACCUCUGCCAAGGAAUGGUCAAAGGAAUCAGAAAAGCUUUUUAGGAAAAAGGUUGAGGCACUUUCUCGCAUAAAUCACAAGAACUUCAUUAAUCUCCUUGGUUACUGCGAAGAGGAUGAACCUUUUAUGAGAAUGAUGGUUUUGGAAUAUGCGUCUAAUGGUUCGCUUUAUGAGCAUCUUCAUGGAGAAGAAUUUGAACUUCUCGAUUGGAAUGCUAGAAUGAGGGUCAUCAUGGGGAUCGCUUAUUGUCUCCAACACAUACACGAGUUGGAUCCACCCAUUCAACACCCCAACUUAAGGUCAAGGUCCAUCCUGGUCACUGAAGACUAUGCCGCAAAGAUUGUAGAUAUCAGUGUUUGGAAAGAAAUUAUUGACCAGGGAAAAUUGGGUGUAAAGGAUUAUCUCAAUAAUUAUGAUACCUUAUAUGAUCCUGCAAAUAAUGUUUAUAGCUUCGGAGUAUUAUUGAUGGAGAUAGUCUCCGGAAAGGUCAUCCAACGUGAAGAAGAAGGCUCUAUUUUGAACUUGGUUACAGGAUACUUAAAGGGUGAUGGUGGUCCUAGUUCAUUUGUUGAUUCCAAUGUUAAAUCUCACAGCGAGGAGGAGUUUCGUAUAGUUUGUGAGGUCAUCCAAGAUUGUACUAGCUCCGACCCCAGAAAUAGGCCAUCUAUGAGGGAAGUGACAUCUAAACUGAGAAAGAUUAUAGACAUUUCGCCUGAAGCAGCCAUACCAAGGCUUUCUCCUCUUUGGUGGGCAGAAUUGGAGAUCCUCUCUGUGGAAGCAAGUUAAUUAUUGUGGAUACUCAUCACGCAAAUCAUAGCUUUGUUCAUUAAUUGACAAUCAUAUAUAUCAAUUCAAAUAGCACUUCUUUGAUGUCUCACUAUCACUUUAGCAAAUAAUUGGAGGUCUCAUAUAAUUUGCUUUCAGAGAGAUGGCGAC